AUGCAAACUGAACAAACAAACGUAUGGGCUCAAGAAGAUGCUCAAAUGGAAACAACAACUGCUGAACCAGAAUUUCAAGCAGCCAAGACUGGUAAAUCACGACGAAAGCAAUAUCACCUCAAAAAGUCAAUUUCUAAACCAUAUAAUGAUACCAAGAUGAAUGAAUCAUCAUCCGAACAACAAGACAAUACCGAAGAACCAUCAACAUCAACAACAAUUAAAUCCAUAAAACGUAACAAGACAAUCCCACAAAAUAGCAAUUACGUGAGUGUUCGUAUUGCAGCUAAUCGUUUCACAGCCCUCAAAACUGAAUGGGAAUCCAUAUAUACUCCUAUUGUUGAAAAACUUCAUCUCCAAGUAAGAGUAAAUACCAAACAACAAAAAGUAGAAAUUAGAAUACCAAACAAUACUAAAAAGCAAGAAGAUGAAGAAGAAAGUGAAGAUAACGAAAUGUUAAAGAAUUUAACCAAAGCUAGAGAUUUUGUUCAAGCCUUUAUGCUUGGUUUUUCAGUUGAAGAUUCUCUUGCUUUGUUGCGAUUGGAUGAUAUCUAUAUUGAAUCCUUUGAUGUUAAAGAUGUUAAACGUUCUUUACAAGGUGAUCACUUGAGCAGAGCUAUUGCUCGUAUUGCUGGUAAAGGAGGUGCAGUCAAAUUUACAAUUGAGAAUGCAACCAAGACUCGUAUUGUUGUUGCCGAUGCUCGUAUUCAUGUGAUGGGUUCCUUUGCAAAUAUUCAAUUGGCUAGAAGUGCAAUUGUUGAUCUUAUUCUUGGUAGUCCACCUGGUGUCGUGUACAAUAAAUUGAGAACUGUCAGUCAGAGACUGAAAGAACAAUUUUAAAUUGGAUAAUUAAUAAUAAUAUAAUAAUUUUUGAAAUUUUUGUU